CAAGUUAUCUUAAAGCCCACCUUCACCCUUCCCUACAAUCGCCGGUCACCGGCAUCAUGCUCUGACGCCACCAUUAUUCUCGUCCAAUCAUGCGGCGGUUCUGUGUCUGAGAUCCGAACGUUUUUCUUCCUUCCUGUUUAUUCUGUCUCGACACCUGGAAUUUGGUCGAGGGAAACUUCUGGGAGUUCUCGCUAAUUGGCUGGAAGAUGAAGAGAAAGUGAAAAAGUUUUUGAAAAUGAAUUCAAGGGAAGGAGUGAAUGAUGGUCGAACUAGAAUUGAACCAAAUGAUUCUCUUCUCCCUGGUCUUAUUGAUGAUGUUGCCCUGAAUUGUCUUGCUUGGGUUAGUAGAUCGGAUUAUGCUUCACUAUCUUGUAUAAAUAAAAGAUACAAUAAGCUGAUUAAAAAUGGGUAUUUAUAUGGGUUGAGGAAACAAUUGGGACUCGUGGAGCAUUGGGUUUAUUUGGUGUGUGAUCCAAGGGGGUGGGAGGCAUUUGACACCAUGAAAAAGAAAUGGAUGUCAUUACCUAAGAUACCGUGUGAUGAAUGUUUCAACCAUGCAGACAAGGAGUCCUUGGCUGUGGGCAGUGAACUAUUGGUAUUUGGUCGGGAAUUGUUGGAUUUUGCUAUUUGGAAGUAUAGCUUGAUUCUUCAUGGUUGGGUUAAAUGCCAGGGGAUGAAUCGGCCGCGUUGUUUGUUUGGAUCUGGUAGUCUUGGCUCCAUUGCCAUUGUUGCAGGUGGAAGUGAUAAAAAUGGAAAUGUUCUAAAAUCAGCUGAGUUGUAUGACUCUUCGUCUGGUAGAUGGGAACAAUUACCAAACAUGCACACACCACGUAGAUUGUGCUCUGGUUUUUUCAUGGAUGGCAAAUUCUAUGUGAUUGGUGGAAUGUCAGGUCCUACAGUUUCAUUGACCUGUGGAGAGGAGUAUAAUCUUGAGACAAGAAGUUGGCGGAAAAUAGAGGAUAUGUAUCCAUUUGUUAAUGGGGCUGCUCAGGCACCCCCACUCGUGGCAGUUGUGGAUAACCAGUUAUUUGCUGUGGAGCAUCUAACCAACAUGGUGAAGAAGUAUAACAAGGUAAAGAAUGUCUGGGAUGAAUUGGGAAGGCUUCCAGUCCGGGCUGAUUCUUCUAAUGGAUGGGGUCUGGCUUUCAAGGCUUGUGGGAAGCACCUUCUGGUCGUGGGUGGUCAGAGAGGUCCUGAAGGUGAAGCUGUUGUGCUGAAUUCCUGGUGCCCUGCAUCAGGGGUAAAAAAUGGCACCUUAGAUUGGCAAGUUCUUGCUGUGAAGGAGCAUGUUGGGGUGUUCGUGUACAAUUGUGCUGUUAUGGGUUGUUGAGAUGUUUGUAGAUUGACUCAACAGAAGGUGAUGGUAUCUACAGUCUGACUUAGCCUACAAGGGUGCUUCCCUGUGCAUUUCGCUCUGGGAGAGCUUGCUCUAGCGGAGAAUUUGGUUUCUUUCUUUUUAACAUGGUUUAUUUGGAUGUGUUUCUCCCUUUUUUAUGAUGGUUGUCAUUUGUUUUUAAAAUUACUAAGUAGGCUCACACAGAUAUUUCUGUCAUGUUUUUUCUCUCUCUUCAUAAUAGCCAACUAUGUAAACCAAUAAAUCAAGGAUUUUCAUUGUUUAAUGAUUUUGGUGCUCAUGGUUUGCCGAUC